AAUGUAUUGUUUUGGUUAUGUAUUGUUAAUAAGUUUAUUGGAAAAAAAAGAAAAUACGGAUGAUAAAGCUCCUGUUCUAGUUACUUUUUUCAAUUUCUACACGGUGAAGGGUACAUUAUUAUUAAUUUCUCAUUUUUAUUCAAUACGAGGGGGCGUGCUUACCGUUUCAUAGGUGUUUUCGUGGGUAAUGGUGAAUGGAACGCGAGCAUGAAGGAGUUAAAGCGUACAGAUUGAGUGCAGGAACAGUAUAAUAAAGGUAACUCUUACUGUGCUUCUCUCCACCGUGAGCGCGCACUCAUCAUCAUCUUCCCCUGUCAGGACUGGAUAAUCCCACCUCGUUGAACCAAACGCACACCUGUUCCUGCGUCCCGGGUGCGCGUGCCCGUGCUCCGGUUGUAGGAGGUCCGACAGUGCGCACACCCGCACGCAUGCGCACGAACGUCGUGAGUAGAGGGCGUGGUUAAGGAGCCGACUGCGGUUACGAGCAGCGAUACGUGCGGAACUGUCGGCUUCGCCGUGGGUCGCGAACGCUGCUGUGCGGUCCGCGCGUGCCGUAGCUCCGCGAAAGGCUCCGAGCGAGCGCGUACCGCUUUGCCGCGCAUGCGCGUCGCUCACCGUGGGCAGCGCCGACGGAUUUCGCGCAGGAGGAAACGGAGAGGAGCCGGACGGCGCGUGGACCUCGAACACACCUGUACCAGCUGGAAUGAGGAAGAACACAACCUGCGGAGCAAGGAAGGAGGAGGUCAUACUGCUGGACAGCAGACAGGGGGCACCACUGAGCCGUAGUCACACACCCCUUUCCUGUGGCUCUUUCUACUAGUUGGUCAGCACUACAGCAUGGCGUUACGUUGCACGUCAAGGUGAACAGGUGUAUCUCUUACCUGUGAGCCGUGGUCGGAGAGGAAGAGCUGCUGCCUUGUGUUGGAUUCCAACCCCUCCUCAUUGCCCCCCCUGAGUGACUGCUGCGAUGGUGGGGAACCACCAGAAGACCCCCCCCCCCCCUUGGGCUCCCACAUCACUUGCUCUACAGAAGAUGAAACGGAACCAUAGAAUAACACCCACACACACACACACACACACACACACACACACACACCAGGAUUUGACCACACUGGAAACGUGACCAGCGGUGCCCUACGUUCUGCGCAUUUUCCACGCUCAAGUCUUCAGCCCACACGUGGUGUGUGAGAAUGGCGUGUCAGUGACCGUGGGCGUGUGCGGUCCCACUCCCUCCCACUCACGCUCCGCCACGUGAUCUGACGCCUCGGCGCUCUUGCAUAACGCUUCGAUCACAUCAAAAUCUUCUCUCGCGUCGAGCCACAGCGAUCAGAGAGGGGAGACGCGCAGAGAGAGACCAGAGCGACUCUGUAACCGCACCGAACCCUGGGAGGAAAACCUGCUGCCUGUGCUCGUUGUAUCGGCAUUCACGCCCACAACUCAUCGUAAGGAGAACUGCGUCACGAACCCUUGAACUGUUCGGAUUACUUUGGGAUCUGCCUCUGUUCUGCGUGCAUCACCGUCUGACAAAGAGCUUCGGACACACACUCAGCUCGUGUGUCUCACACCACCGUGUUGCUCGUUCACAUCCCUCCAAUAGUUAUUCUCUCUUUCUCUCCGUUACGCCACCUGCUGCCUAUUAAACCAGAAAGCUUGGCCUCAGGACUCAAGUCUCUCUUUUUGUCUUUCAGCUGACGGUGGGCAGACGGUGCACGUCGACAGCCGGGAAUGCUGGGUAAUCUGCUGAGACUCACUUCCUCUCACCGUACCGUUGUCCCGCUGUGACCUCGCGCCACCCGACAAGCUCUCUAGUCCGGGCGCAGCCUGCGCGGGAUGAGCGCGGCACCCCCUUGUGCCGCGGAGCGCCUCCCAUGGAGGUGAGGCCGAGACAGGAGCUCUUUAGGAAGUACGUGCAGUGGGUGGAGCGGCGGCUGCAGGCACAGGAGGAGGAGCAGGACGAAGAUGGGGUUGGGGGGAGGCCUGGGGAGGAAGAGCUCCUGGCAGAAGCAGGGGCCCUGCUGGUGACCCCGCCCUCCGAACCAGCCCAGCGCUUUCGAUUGGUCCCGUUCUAUGAAGUGGCGGAGAACACCUUGCACAGCCCACGAGACUCCGGGCUGCGAGCGCUCGAGACGGCCUUCGCCACGCUGGAGACGGUCUGCGUCAACCUGCUGCUCUUCCCCUGGAAGAAGGAGUUCCGCUGCAUCAAGACCUUCACAGGCCCCUUUGUGUACCUGCUGAAGGCAGCGCUGUGCGACUCGGACUUGCGCACCCUGCUGCGUUCCAUGGGCUACACGCAGGACAAGGAUCUGCAGCUGCGCGCCGGAGCGCCCCCUGGUGGCACGCCCCACUUGCGUCAGCUGGCGUUCGAGCUUUUCCUGGCUCGCGCCGAGUGCCGUCUGAUCGCCGACGCAGUGCUGCGGGCAGGGGAGGGCGCCACCGAGAUCGGGGCGCUGGAGGCGAGGCGUGGAGCCCGGGACGAGCGCGACCGUGAGCGCGGGCGCACCUGUGUGCGACGCAGCGUCCGGUCGUCCCGUUCCGUGGACGUGGCAGACGGGGCGGGCAGCUGGCAGCCGGCGGUCAGGCCUGUGCUGAGGGCCACGCUGAGCCUGCGCAAAGACCCGUGCUGCCAGGAGCCUGAAGAGGGCCCCGCAGGUGACUGCCCCCGGGCUGCCAUGGCGCCGCUUUGCCCCGCCCGCUUCCUGGCACGGACUCCGCCCACGGAGCCCCCGGAGCCCCUCGCUUACCAGCUGGACGAGCUAGACCUGUACGCUGACCGAGCGAUGUUGCGCCAGCCCCCGACCCCACCGCCUCGCCCACCUGCACGCGACCUCUGGGGGCCCAGGGGCCAGGGGACCAAGUGCCAGGGCUGCGCUCGCUGGUAUCCGGGGUCAGUCGCGUGUUCGCAGAGUGCCAAGAAGCUGUGCCCCGCCUGCUGCGCAGAGGAUCCCCCCAGGCCCUGCCCCCGCCCCCUGGAUGCCCACCUCCUGGCCGCUGAGAAACUGUCCGUGUACCCCGGUGCCCCGGCCCGCCCCCAGUGGCUGCAGAAGCCCCCGACGGCACCCAAGCCGCACCUGAGCAAGCCAGCGAUGGUCCCAGGAGGCUCGCGGUGUGGUUUCUGUGACAAACCGGGCGCCUCGCACACCUGCCUGAUCUGCUCCAAGGUGUCGUGCACUCCAUGCAUGACCCUGUAUGCCCGGGACGUCUGCGGGCGCAAGAACGCGCACCACAGCUUUACCCCUAACCACCAGCUGAGCUACAAGUGCGGAGUCCUCUCGCACCUGGUGCACCGCUGAGUCCCGGGGAGCCCGCUCCAGCUGUAUGACCUCUGUGACCUCUGCCCCGGCGUCCUGCAGCACAUCAGAUUGCCUGGUGCUGCUGCUGCUCUCCUCACCCAAAGUGUAAGGAACGCGGGAAAAAGACGUUCUUGACAGAAGGGGGGAAUCGUGAUCGUUUCACUUGCUCUCCCAGUGACCGAGACAGAACAGCACAUUAUUUUUAUCAUGUUUGACACAUGCUGUACUUGUUGAGAGUCGAACACUCUUGCGCCGCGGGGUGUCUCUAGCUGGAGGCGUGGGAACGCGUCCUGAAGGUGUGGGACGGAGAAGCGCCAGGUGGAACGGGGGACGCUGUUAGCGUGUGGCGUCAACUUCGUGCCCCACUUUAAAAAGAAGGACUUUGAUUUGUCAUAUCACUGUAAAUUUGGUGGUGGUGCAGCCAGUCUGUUUUUUCAGUACAGUUACUGAGCUCUCGUGUACAAAGCUUUAUUUGUUGUUACAAUAAUAAUAUUUUUUUAACUUUUUCUUUUUUGGACGAAAGGAGACUAUUCACAGGUGAGACCCCGGGGAGGGGCUCCAGGUGGACAGUAUAAAUACACCGUCUGUCUGUGCGCUCAUGGGAACUGGUUCGGACCGCUACAGGGUAACGGCUCAUUGAUGGGUUGUGGGUUUGCAGCCCAAAGUGUUGAGAGGCCGCCUCCGCUGCUCGGGUUCUCUUUAAGGUCGAGCGCCACAGUGAGCUCGCCGUGUUGGACUUGGCCUGGUGCCGUUCUGCUUUGAGUGACGAGUCCCUUCUGAUAUUAAAACAUUCUCAAUUUAAAAAAGAGUGUCGACCCAAUGCCCUCCCGGCGCAGAGCUGAGGGCCGGGCUCCCGCCGGACCUGCGUGGGCUUUGGCCGAAAAUGGAUAUUUCUGACGCCACUUUUGUCUUUUGCUUUCUUGGCUGUGUGCAAGUGGUUUCACACGCCGUGGGCUGGCGGAGCGAGAGCGAGGAGCUCAGUGGAACCCAGACCGUGUUUAUUCUGAAAAGUAAAAUUCGACUAGUCGUGCUGUGGAGCUGCUGCCUUCCGCUUGAAUUACCUGGCUUUGAACCCACCUCAUGCUGUAGUUCCCUUGAGCAAGGUACUGACCCUGGACUGACACAGUAAAAUUUUCCCAACUGGAUAAAUGAGCGUAUUUAGCUUUACACUGUAAGUGGCUCUGGAGGGAAGUGUCACAUGAAUGAAUUUUAAAAAGAUUUUAUACAAUGUAGCAGCUCCCGUCAACAUCUCGUUUGCUAAUGAAGUCUUUUCUUUAACUGUUAUGACUGGAAACAUCAGAGCGGCGCCAAGAGCGGUUGUAGCACUGGAGCUCUUACGGAGCAGUCAUGGGUUCGAAUCCCAAGCACGGCGCACGGCUGGCUGGGGGGGCAGUACUGUAAAUGGCCGGAAAAGUUGGGAAAAGGAUAAGAGCAGCAGUACGCUUUCUCCCCGGAGACUCGGAGCAGACCCGCUCACCCUGAGUGGGAGUGCGUGGGUUUGUUCAGAAGGUCUUCGUACCGCCGCACGACGGGCCGCGAACCAGGUUUGUGCUUCAUGCACGUAAGCGAAUAAAACGGGGCCGUAAAGUGGCCGCGUGCCAACCGGUCAGGUCAGCAUCUGGUCGACGGGUCUCGUUCAUCCCACAGACACGAGGAAUGUUCCUCAUCUUGUACUGAUCUCCCACACUGACCACCAGAAACAACCUGUAAACACUGUGGAAGUGAGUUGAAUGAAGGCGGUUUCACCGUGCCAUCCUCUUUGGGUGCUCUUCACUGCCAUCUACAGGUUUGGCGGGGGGUUUGGAGUCUUUGUUAUGAAGGAAAAAAUGAAAAAAACUAAUAAAACCCAACGUUUCUUCAAAAAUGAGUAACUGACAGUUUGUAGGAUGGGGAGCCAGUGUAGUUUUACACCGUUUGCCCCAGAGGGAAUCGCCAGCUCUCUCACUGUGGCUGUUCACUUCCUGCCGUUAUUCGCGUGAUGGAAAAGGCGUUUUGGUCUUUGUGUCCGUGGCUCCAGCUUCGCACUUCCUGCCUUUAUCUCGCUGCCGAGACCCGUGUUCGGCCCCCGGCGCCGUGCGAUUUGCUCCAAACCCCACCCCUUCGCACCACUUCAUUGUAUUGGAAGGCAAGUGCUGUCUUGAAUGGGGGAAAAUACCCAGGUGAAGU